AAGGGAAGCCAAAAGUGGCUGUCAAAUUUCGGGAAAUUUACGCCAGGGCUCACAGGAGAAGGGAAAACGAGUUUGACAGAAGAUGCCUGGUGAUGUAAUAUCACCAAGUCGCGAGCAGCGAAAGUCUCGUCUCCUAAGCUUGGAGAAUCGGCUCCACUGGCCCUUUUUCAUGAAAGCGGGUGAGGAGCAGUGCCCGAUUUUGCGACGGGAAUUUGCUCUCCGACUGUUUUCGUGUUGGUGUUGGAUAUUAUUAAAUGGCGCGUUGGUUGAAGAAUAUUUACCCUGGUCCAACGUGCAGGUGAAGUCAUUGUUGCCCGUGCAGCCUGAGGCGCGGGCACUUUUCCCCAAUGUAAUGUUUCCACGCAAUCAAGACUGAGUCAGCUUCAACAACUUGACAGUAAUAAUCCAUGUGGCUGGCCUGACUUGUCCAUGGGAAGAGCGAGAAGGCCGUGGCGGAGGACAAAGGACGGCGGCGGAAAGAAACAAAGCGAGCGGUCGUCGGACAUGUGCCGUGUGGCCGGAUCAAAGAGCACAGAC